AUGCUCAUCCUCGCGCUGCCCGGAUACAACACUUCUCGAAAACCUGCAGCAGUUCUGCACACACCCUUUGCGGACGAGUGGACGCCCGUUUUGCCUUGGCCGACUUUCGAAGCUACCCGCAGAUCAGAGCUUAUGACUCUGCGAGAUCUGUAUGCUCUUGUGGGCGCCGGCGUCAAAUGCGCCUUCUUCAAAGCCAGCAAGCCAAGUGUCACGCUCGUUCAUCAGUGGACAAAUGUCAGCGAUCCAGACUGGCAGCAUCUGCGCGCCAGCUUGGCUCGUGAACUGCCAGAAGGCUCUGCUCAUCGCGCGGCACAUCUGCAGAGUGACUAUACCAGGCUAUCGGUAGAUUCUUUUACAUCCUCCCUGAAUGGCAAAGUCCACAAACUCGUCAUAGGCGCAUCGAACAACUCGCACGGGCAAAGACUGCGGUGGGCAAAGCGGCGAGGCUCUCACUUGACGCACCAAGCCAGCCUGUUCAACAAUACGUUCGCGUUGCCUUGUUUUAACAUUCGAGCGAUCGAAGCUCGACUUGCAUCAACAUCGUGGCAAACAGAUUACGUCAUCUUUGCCAGUCAGAGCGUACUUCUGAGCAAGAUCAGCUCUGAUGACUUUGUUUCGCCCGCUUCUGGCAGCGUACUUCGUAUCGAUCCGAAGCUCCUCGUCAAGGCUAUCGAGCCAGACAAGAACCAUGCAGAUCCAAACAGCGAAUGGUACAGUCUUGGCUAUACAGCCUAUCUGCUCAAUCAGCGCUUCGGGAUCCGCGAGCGUCCAGCCACAUCUAGGGCACCCCUGGCAUACUCCACGAUUGUAUUGGCGGAACUAGCAAAAGUCUGGCCUGAUGAGUUCGAGCAGACGUCACAAUCGCGCUGGCCAGGCCUACACAACGAAAUCCACUUGCCCUUCCUUUACACGCACUACGUCGUGGAAAGACAUCGCGAAACAAUGUUGGCAGGUUACCUUAUCUACAGACGUGAUCCACGUCGGACCGGCUUGCUCGAUCUCAAUGCGCAACUCGCCAUCUUGGAUGAUGUUCGGCGCGCCGGACCUCGACUACGGCCUUCUGACACUGAUACGAUUCUCAUCAUGCAGCCUUUCCGCGGGAGCGAUUCGCGAGCUAACACGACUUCGGGCGCGACAAAGUAUCGCUUUCACAGCGAACAAGGCUAUGCCAAUUUUGUGAACGACGACAUACGCGCUCGCGAAGCUAUUGAGACCGGCCAUCAUACUCGAGAGCAGCUCGGUACAUUCAAGGGCAGGCGGCAGAAUCACAACGAUCUCAUACGGUACAACUUCAAUUACCGCUUCAUGCCUGACCGCAUCUUGCCUAGCUAUAAACAAGCCGACAAUCGGUCAAUCGCAUGCACAAUGUCACUCCCGAUCUGCUUCGGUGAAGAUUUUGCAACAGCGCACAACCUCUCAGCGCAGGUCGUCUUUCGCAGGAUUGCGUUCGAGCAACCGGAAUGCGGUGACUGUCUCAUCGUCGCGUUGCUCAGUCUCAGCGGGCUGAAAGGCUUGUCGGCUGUGCUACCCGAUUACGAGCUUCUAUCACGCCAAGCAAAUGUGUGCGGAGAUGACGAGAUCGACGCUACGUCUAUCACGCCGAGCAGCGAGCCAAGAUUUUCAGGUCGAGAUUGGACAACGAUCGACUUUGGCGCGGAGGAUGCUCCUUCAGGCUUCGUUGCCGAAGACUUGCACCGCUUUGCCUACUCACUCGGAGAGACGAGCUUUGAGAAGAUCUCGUUUCGCUCCAAAAACGCAGAAGCGCAGCUAGCUCAACUCAAAGAGAGGCACUACAAAGACACGUUGCCAACUUUUGCGCAACUCGAAGAUCUGGCUUCUACAAGUCUGAUCGAGCAAGCGAGACUCGACGUGUCUUCUCAUCGCUCCACUUUGACAUCAGCCAUGAAGCGCAAAGCACGCGAGCUCUUGCUCAAUGGGAGGCAGACCUUCCUUUCUCAGCUCUGGACCUAUCUGACGCAGCACCCGCACUGCGCUAUGAUCUACUGGAGCCCGGACGGUCGAGAACUCAUCCUCGCAGAGGAAGAUAUCUUCUUUUCGACGGUCUGUCAGGACCUGUGGCGCAUGACCGGCAUCUCCUCAUUCUACCGCCAAAUGGCUAUCUACGGCUUCCAUCGCACCGUCCCGGCUAGUAAAGCCGCUUAUCAUCUACUCAACGGCAAGAAACGACGUGGUUCUGAUGUCCACGGCAAGGUCUGGCGGCACGACACCCUGACAAGAGAUAGUACAGUGGCCGAUCUAGAGAGGAUCAAGAGGAACGCACCUGAUCCGUACAGACGCAGCAAAGCGAAGAGAAUCCGCAAAAGCGCUCGUCGGAACGAAUCGCCAGCAUCGUAUCGACCUCAUCGUCAGACAGCUAUGACCAUUCACAAGGCAGAGACAGACUCGCUCACGCUACUCAUAAAGCGCCAACCGUCUGAGUAUAUGUCGGCGAGGUCGUUCCCCGAUGGACGGACGCGAUCUUCCGCUCGCAUCGCUCAAGAAGUACUCGCUUCAGACAUCUCCUCCGGCUCAUUGACGCCUAUCGAUCAGCUUCAAAGUCUUGCGCCUUCGCGAGCGUCGAGCGUCACGCUCAGCUUAGCAUCUACCAGUUCAGCCGAAUUCGAGCAGCCCACCGAGUUUGCGCGAUCGCCGCUCGACGGGCUCGUCGAGUCGGAUGAUAUGCCUGUGGAGUCACAGCCACUGGAGAGCGAGCAUCUUUCAUCGACCGGCACGAGCGCUCCCGAGUACUCGCAGGCCGAGGCAGAGUCAUCUUCGCUCUCUGGCUGGUCAGAUCAAGACACAUCGCCCGAAUGUCAAUACAGCGCUCCGCCUGCGCUCGUCGGACGAAUACCCCAGCUCUACGCAAGACAUUCGCCUCUCUGGGCAACUCCACCUUGCGCUCAAUCUAGUCAUGCACCUUUUGCGUCAGCUCAAGCACUGCGAGCUCUGCGAUCUAGUCCGAUGAUGCUCCUCUCGCCUUCUUUUGCCACUUCGACGCGACAGACACCAUAUGACGCCUUGAUUGCUGCUUACUCUCCUGCGAAUGCAUCCGCUCCGCGUGCUUCGCCCUGGCGAGCCUCGCAACAUGCGUAUGUUACGCCGCAAAGCUAUGCAGCUCCAUCGCAUGCGCUCAUCCAGCCAUCUUAUGUCAGUCAAUCGCCAAGCAGCAGUGCAACGCUCAGUCCGCUCCAGGCUCGGUCUCAGCUAUACUCACCUGAUGCGAACAGACGAGUGGCAUUGCCUCCACUGUCUUCGCUUUACAAAUCUACGCCUCAUUCGAGCGCCGUGUCAAGGUCAUCACCGUGGCAUUCGCCUCUUGCAAUGAUGGCCACACGCAGCGAAGCGACCGCAUAUGCCGAGAGCUGUGAACUCAGACAGCCUAUGCGUUUCGAGCUGUCAUGCGCCCGCGGAUCAUCUACGCCUUAG